UCGUCGCGCUUGCGCGGCAGCUCCAGUUCCUGAAGCUGUUCCCCGGCUUCCUUAACGCUGAGGUGGCUGUCUCCGGGAGCGGGGUCGCCGAAAUGGCUGAGAGCGGUAGUACCGGGGAGGUGUCCACUUUGCCGGUCUCUGGGCCGCCCAGCAGCCUGGGCAACGGGGCCGGCGUGGCUUCGGCUCAGAGCAAUAACCCGCUUUCUCGGAAGCUGCACAAGAUCCUGGAGACUAGGCUGGAUAAUGACAAGGAUAUGCUAGAAGCUCUCAAGGCACUUUCAACUUUCUUUGUGGAAAAUAGCUUACGUACCAGAAGAAAUUUACGUGGAGAUAUCGAACGCAGAAGUUUAGCCAUCAAUGAAGAAUUUGUGAGCAUAUUCAAGGAAGUAAAGGAGGAGCUUGAAAGCAUAAAUGAAGAUGUGCAAGCAAUGAACAACUGUUGUCAAGACAUGACAAGUCGCCUGAAGGCAGCAAAGGAGCAGACCCAAGAUUUAAUAGUAAAAACUACUAAACUUCAAGCAGAAAGUCAAAGGUUAGAAAUAAGAGCCCAAGUCGCAGAUGCCUUCUUAUCUAAAUUCCAGUUGACUUCAGAUGAAAUGAGUCUUCUCCGAGGCACAAGAGAAGGACCUAUUACAGAGGAUUUUUUCAAGGCCUUAGGAAGAGUAAAACAAAUUCAUAAUGAUGUGAAAGUCCUCUUGCGAACAAACCAACAAACUGCAGGUCUGGAAAUUAUGGAACAGAUGGCCUUGCUUCAAGAAACUUCCUAUGAACGACUUUACAGAUGGGCCCAAAGUGAAUGCAGGAGUUUGACGCAAGAAUCAUGUGAUAUAGCUCCAGUACUUACCCAAGCAAUGGAAGCCCUGCAGGACAGACCCGUAUUAUAUAAGUAUACCUUAGAUGAAUUUGGGACAGCUCGAAGAAGUACAGUUGUUCGUGGGUUUAUUGAUGCCCUUACAAGAGGUGGCCCAGGAGGGACUCCUCGACCUAUUGAAAUGCAUUCUCAUGAUCCUUUGAGGUAUGUGGGAGACAUGUUGGCUUGGCUCCAUCAAGCUACUGCUUCUGAAAAGGAACACCUUGAGGCAUUAUUAAAAAUGGUAACCAUACAAGGUGUAGAAGAAAACAUUCAAGAAAUAGUUGGACAUAUCACUGAAGGAGUCUGUAGACCCCUAAAGGUCCGAAUCGAACAAGUAAUAGUUGCUGAGCCUGGAGCAGUCUUAUUAUAUAAAAUUUCUAACCUUCUCAAAUUCUAUCACCAUACAAUUAGUGGUAUUGUGGGAAAUAGUGCAACCACAUUGUUGACCACCAUUGAAGAAAUGCAUUUGCUAAGCAAGAAAAUAUUCUUCAACAGCUUGAGUCUUCAUGCAAGUAAACUAAUGGAUAAGGUUGAACUCCCACCACCUGAUCUCGGACCAAGUUCUGCACUAAGCCAGACACUUGCAUUAUUGCGUGAAGUUUUGGCAUCUCAUGACUCUUCAGUUGUGCCAUUAGAUGCUCGUCAAGCAGAUUUUGUGCAGGUUUUAUCAUGUGUUUUGGAUCCUUUACUCCAGAUGUGUACUGUAUCUGCAAGUAAUUUAGGCACAGCUGACAUGGCUACUUUCAUGGUCAACUCCUUAUAUAUGAUGAAAACAACACUAGCACUCUUUGAAUUUACUGAUAAACGCCUAGAAAUGCUACAAUUUCAGAUUGAAGCACAUUUGGAUACACUUAUAAAUGAGCAAGCCUCUUAUGUAUUAACCAGAGCAGGUCUGAGUUAUAUCUACAAUGCUGUACAGCAAUAUAAACUGGAACAGGGUCCCUUAGCUAACUUGCCGAGCCUGGACUCAGUCUCCCUGAAGGCAGCAAUGGUUCAGUUUGAUCGCUAUCUGUCUGCCCCAGAUAAUUUGUUAAUGCCACAGCUGAAUUUCCUUCUAAGUGCCACAGUAAAAGAGCAGAUCAUAAAACAGUCCACAGAAUUAGUUUGCAGAGCCUAUAGUGAACUGUAUACAGCUGUGAUGAAUCCAGCCAAUGAAUACAAAGAUCCAGAGACUAUUCUGCACCGAUCUCCUCAGCAAGUCCAAACUCUUCUCUCCUGACUGGAUUGUUUGAACAAUUUGGCAACAUUUUUCAUUAGCAUAAUAUUAAAGGUAUCUUUGUUUUCAGUCUAAUGUCAUUCAUUUCUGUCCUCUGGAUUUUGUUGAUGUGAUUAUUCCUUAAAAUCUAAGAGAGUGGUUCUCCAUGACAGUUCAGUUAAUGCCAUUUUUUACAACAUUCAAAGUAAAUAUGCUGACUUCACUUUCGGUGUUAAUACUGGAUCCAUCCUUACAUAUUUUGGUGAAGAUGUUCCAUGUACUCAUCUCUCUAUUGUUCUGAAUUCUUAGCUGAGAUGGGGUGAGUUUUUAGGUGUUGUUUUACAGCCCUCCUUGUACCCCUGCAAUUCAAUUGCAUUGAACUUCUACGACUCAAUAGAGUGGAGACAUUAACGUCAGUGAGGUUUUGUUGUGGUAGUUUUUAAUCAUUUUCAAUUAUAAACUUAAUAGUAACCUCAACAAGCCUAUCCCUCCUCAAAUGAUCUUGUUUUUAUGUGUUUACUUGCUUGUGUUCUGCUGUGGAAUGUAACCUCCUUGAAGGUAAGGACUGUUUUUUCACUUCAGAUUUUGUGUCUUCUGUUCCUAAUACAGUGCCUUGCACUCAAUAGGUAUUUAUAAGUCCUUAUUAAAUUAAAUUUAACAAAGAAAAUAAGGAAGCAAAUUUCCCCCUAAUUAUGAAAUGCAGAUAGUUUAUAUUUUGAUAAAAAAGUACAUAAACUGAGGAAAGUAAUAACACUACCAACUUACUUCUUCUCUAUCCAUUCUGAGCUUUUUCUUGAUCUAUGUACAAAUAAACUUUUGUUGCUAGUGUUAGUUUUUUAUAUAGUCACAGAAUGUGUAUAUCAUUCUUCUAAUUCUAUUUUCUUCACUUUAUAUUACUGUAUAAAAAUCUUUCUAUAACUUGUAAUCUUAAUAUUUGUCAAUUUAAGUCUAUAAUAAUAUUCAAAUAAAUUGAUAAACCAGUUUUCUCAA